AUGCAUGUGCUUUUCGUCACACACCCCACCGUUUGCAAUGUGGAUCCUGACCACCUGCGUCUCUCCCGCUCCCUGUCUCUCGCUCUGACACCUGGCUUCGGAGUCACGCGACUGGGACCGGGGCACGACCUGCUGGGAUGGCCGCAGCACUUCCCACCCUUCAGGCGGGAGCAGCUGCGCCCUGCCGUGGGCCCUCAGGGACGCCUGUGGCCUCGUGUCAAGUUUACACAGAGCACCAAGUUUUCUGAAAAAUGCAAUCAUUACAAAUUCUGGCAGUUUUUAUGGCAGAGCCAUGCACGAGUCUGCUGGAGGGGGGACCCGCCACCCCCACCCCGCAAGUGUGGGCCUGGGAUCCUCGUAACCACCCGCCCCCCACUACAGUGCUGGGCUCGCUCUACAGAAGCUCGAGCAAAGAAAUUCGCGGCUAAGCCCUCCACAGCUACCAGCACUGAGGAAGUGACAUUGAAGGUGAAGAGAGCGGGCCCCUCAGCAGCUUCGUCAGCCCUGAGCAGCCUGGGCCACGUGUACACGGCCAUCGGCGACUACCCCAACGCGCUGGCCAGUCACAAGCAGUGCGUCCUCCUGGCCAAGCAAUCCAAAGAUGAACUCUCGGAGGCCCGUGAGCUUGGCAACAUGGGGGCCGUGUACAUCGCCAUGGGCGACUUCGAGAACGCCGUGCUGUGCCACGAGCAGCACCUGAAGAUCGCCAAGGACCUGGGGAUCAAACGCGAGGAGGCCCGAGCUUACAGCAACCUGGGCAGCGCCUACCACUACCGCGGGAACUUCGACAAAGCCAUGUCGUACCACAGCUCCGUGCUGGAGCUGGCGCGGGAGCUGGCGGAGAAGGCCAUCGAGAUGCGCGCCUACGCGGGCCUGGGCCACGCCGCCAGGUGCAUGCAGGACCUAGAAAGGGCCAAGCAGUACCACGAGCAGCAGCUGGGCAUCGCCGAGGACCUCAGGGACCGGGCAGCAGAGGGUCGAGCAUCCUCCAAUCUGGGCAUCAUCCACCAGAUGAAAGGUGACUAUGACGCCGCCCUGAAACUCCACAAGGCCCACCUGUGCAUCGCCCAGGAGCUCAGCGAUUACGCCGCCCAGGGCCGCGCUUACGGGAACAUGGGCAACGCGUACAACGCCCUGGGCCUGUUCGACCAGGCGGUCAAGUUCCACCGGCAAGAGCUGCAGAUCUCCCUGGAGGUCAACGACCGCGCCUCUCAGGCCUCCACACACGGCAACCUGGCCGUGGCCUACCAGGCCCUGGGCGCCCACGACCGGGCUCUGCAGCACUACCAGAACCAUCUGCACAUCGCCCGGGAGCUGAGGGACAUCCAGAGCGAGGCCCGGGCACUCAGCAACCUGGGCAACUUCCACUGCUCCCGGGGGGAGUACGUGCAGGCUGCCCCCUACUACGAACAGUACCUGCGCCUGGCUCCCGACCUGCAAGACAUGGAAGGCGAGGGGAAGGUCUGCCACAACCUGGGCUACGCACACUACUGUCUGGGGAACUACCAGGAGGCUGUGAGGUACUACGAGCAGGACCUGGCACUUGCCAAAGACCUCCACGACAAACUGAGCCAAGCCAAAGCCUACUGCAACCUGGGCCUCGCCUUCAAGGCCCUGCUGAACUUCAGCAAGGCCGAGGAGUGCCAGAAGUACCUGCUGUCUGUCGCCCAGUCUCUGAAUAACUUCCAGGCCAAAUUCCGGGCCCUCGGGAACCUGGGGGACAUAUUCGUCUGCAAGAAGGACAUCAGUGGUGGGAUCAAAUUCUACGAGCAGCAGCUGGGCUUGGCUCACCACGCAAAGGACAGGAGGCUGGAGGCCAGCGCCUACGCGGCCCUGGGCUCCGCCUACCGCACGGUCCAGAAGUACGACAAGGCCUUGGGUUAUCACACGCAGGAGCUGGAGGUCUACCAGGAGCUGAGCGACCUGGCCGGGGAGUGCCGCGCUCACGGCCACCUGGCCGCGGUCUACAUGGCCCUGGGACAUUCACAAUGGCCUUCAAGUGUUACGAGGAGCAGCUGGAUCUGGGGCAGAAGCUGAAGGACCCGAGUCUGGAAGCCCAGGUCUACGGUAACAUGGGCAUCACCAAGAUGAACAUGGCCGUGAUGGAGGAGGCCAUUGGUUACUUCGAGCAGCAGCUGGCGACCCUGCAGCAGCUCAGCGGAAACGAGUCGGUGCUGGACCGGGGCCGGGCCUACGGCAACCUGGGGGAUUGCUACGAGGCCCUGGGUGACUACGAGGAAGCCAUCAAACACUACGACCAGUACCUGUCUGUUGCCCAGAGUCUGAACCGGAUGCAAGACCAAGCCAAGGCUUACCGGGGCCUCGGAAAUGCACACAGGGCGAUGGGAAGCCUGCAGCAAGCCCUCGUGUGC